GGAAGAUUGAUAUCAAUGUGCAAAAAUUCUGUGAAACUAUUUUGAUUUAAACACUAAGUGAAUCAUAGCAUACGACUCACUGUGGACAAUUGUAAUUAAAAAAACUUGAUAAGUAGAUGUAUAAAGAAGAAGAAAAAAAAACAUGCAGUAGAUAAAUACGUAGUAAUGACAUAAGUGUGAAAAGAAAGAAAGAAAGGAAGAAAAACAGUUCUUAGAAAUAACAAGCAGAAAAUCGGUGUGUCUACAAGAAAAAAUAAAAUCCAGCCUUCAGUAUUCACAACAUUAGGGAAAGGUACCAUACACAUCCUACCAUACCAUGGAGCACCAUACCACCAUGGCAGAAACCUUUCCCUGACACUCGUGCACUAGAGAAAAAUAAAAAUAAAAGGAAUGUUCAUCACCCUUUUUCGACAUCACCAAACGCACGUAAUCCAACCAACCAAUUUUUUCCCGCAAAGAGACAACCAUUUAGCUCAAAAAAGAAAGAAGUGAGAAAGAGACAACCAUUUUCCAUAGAAAGAACAACAAAACAACCAUCGAACCAAAGAGAAACAACUAUUUAAUAAGACAGAAAGACAAAAAAAAAAAGAGUUCGAACAUCGGAACUUUGUGGAGCCAAAACUGAGAUCAUGACGUCACCAUGGCUACCGAGUGGGAACAGAUGAGAGAACAGCUGAUGACUCCCAACACGCAGCGGUUGCAGCGUCUCGCCGGGUUGAUGGACCUAAUGGAAUCCAUGUCCGAAUCCCUGCUCAACACUCAGUCUGGCUUUACCUGUCCUACGUGUAAAGUGACUUUGGAACCAGCUGCCGGUCGCCUCCGCCAGAUCUGCCCCUACUGUGGAAGUUUCUACAACAUGGGAGCCAAUACAGAUGUCAGGCUCCGUCGUGGGCGUGAUAUACGGGUGGAAUUACCUCAUAUCGAUGUGGAAAACCGCUCUCGAUUCGGCGGUUUCGGAAACUUUAUGAUCAGCAGACUGAGCGGCCUGCACUUGCACGACAACAGCAACGGCAACAACAACAACAUCAACAGCAACAACCAGAACAACAACAAUAACAACAACAACAACAACGUGGGUGGCAGAGAGGACCUGACUUCAAGCCACUCUGUCAACUCCGGGCUGCUGUCUGCCAUAAAUGACUCGUCUGCGUUCAGAGUCGGGUCAGGGAGUUCUCUGCCGCCCAUACGAAGACAGGAGGUAGACAGUCGGAGGGGAAGCGUUUCCUCCAGGAAGGGCUCAGCCACCCUCAGAUCGGCCAGGAGCGAGGAGAGGCUGCCCCUUCGUCAGGAUUCGCCAAGUACCAGCCAGAGACCAGUGUAUCCUGCGCGAACGACGAGACGGGAAGAAUUCAUGCAAGAAGUGAGAAAAUCGAAGGAAACAAAGAAUUAUACAGAAAUGAAGAAAUUCUACUUUGACACUUUCGAAUCCUACGCCAGCAUAUGCGCUACGUUCAAGCGAGAUCCAGACUUCGACGGCGCACGCGCUGACGACCCUGGCCUCAAAAUGGAACUGGUCUACACUGUUCAUGAUUCUGUGCAUGAGAUGCCUUCAGUAGUCCACAAACACUUUCUGAAGGCGGUCAUCAACGCCCUUCUGCAGGAGCGACCUCACCUCUUCAGCAAGGACAGGGUGAGGGCGCUCUUCAUCCUCCUGCAGACGCCCGUGUUUCUUACGCAGUCCUCGUACACGGUCCUUGCUCACGUCCUCAGGAAUAUCACGUCGUUGUCCAAUGGCGACCACCAGCUCCUCGUCAACUGGUUCAGGACGCUGGAGGUGCCCCGACUCAGGAUGAUCGUGGGUUUCGUUAUCCAGUUCAUCACCGUCAGACAGUUCCCUCCGCCUGACCGCUCGCUGCCGCCCUUGAGUAAAAGCAAGUGGUGGAUUCCGACCGCCACCAAGGUCCUGGCGAUCAUCUAUGCCAGCAACACGUCCUCUCAGCCUCCUCUCCUACACUACACUGAGUUCUACAACCAUGCCCUGGAUCAUCUGGACCUCAUGACGGAGUACAGGACGUGGCAGCUGCCGGAGAAACCUGAUUCCUUCUCGUAUUGUCAGUAUCCCUUCAUACUGUCCAUCGUGGCCAAGAGGCAUAUUCUGACGAAGGACGCGGAACAGCAGAUGAUCCUGACAGCACGGAGGUCACUGGUUGCAAAGGUCGCACGUCACCAGCCGCCUCAAAUUGACAUUUUUUUCCUCAACAUCAACGUCAGGAGGAACUGCCUGGUGGAGGACUCGCUGAAGGAGAUCGCAACCAAGAAGCGGGACUUGAAGAAAAAACUCAAGGUGACCUUCGAGGGCGAGCCUGGCCUUGACAUGGGCGGCUUGACCAAGGAGUGGUUCCUCCUGCUCAUCAAACAGAUCUUUAAGCCCGAGAACAAGAUGUUCGUGUACCACCCGUCCAAGAGGCUCUACUGGUUCUCAAUGGGCCAGCAAGGAAGCCUCAGAGAAUACAACCUCAUCGGCGUCUUAAUGGGGCUGGCUGUGUACAACUCCAUUAUUCUGGACAUCCGUUUUCCCUCCAUUUGUUUCAGGAAGCUGCUGAGUCCUCCUGUGGUUCCUGCAUACGAACACAUGGCAGUGGGUAUUGCAAAGGAACCAAGUUUGGACGAUCUGAGUGAAAUCAUGCCGGAAGUCGCCCACGGCCUCCGAGAACUCCUGCGUUACGAGGGAGACGUCGAGGAUGACAUGUGCCUCAGCUUUCAGGUUUCCCUCGAGGAAUAUGGCCAACCGAAGACCUUCAACCUCAAAGAAAACGGGGAGACGCUGCCGGUGACUAACGAAAACAGAGAAGAAUUCGUGACACUCUAUCUGGAUUGGAUCCUCAACACGGCUAUCUACGAGCAGUUCAGAGCCUUUUACUUGGGAUUCCAUACUGUCUGCGCCUCGAAUGCCUUGAUCAUGCUGCGCCCAGAGGAAGUGGAGAUGCUAGUCUGUGGGACGCAGACCAUUGACCUUAACGAGCUUAGAAAGGUCACAGAGUACGAUGGUUAUAGCCCUGAAUACCCUACGAUAAGGUGGUUCUGGGAAGUGAUCAACGAAAUGACCAUCGCCCAGCAGAAGAGGUUCCUCCUGUUCACCACCGGGAGUGACAGAAUUCCCGUAGGAGGCAUGGGAGAGAUGUCCUUCAAGGUAUCCUGCUGGCGAGGACACACGCACAUGCUCCCCCAGGCCCACACGUGCUUCAAUCAGCUGGUCCUUCCGCCGUAUACUGAUAAGGCGACGCUAAGGAACAAGCUCUUCAUUGCCCUGGAUAAUGCUGAGGGAUUCGGGUUGGAGUGAAGAGGCUAGGGAAGAGGAGAAGGAAAGAGGAAGAAGGAGAUGGAAGAGGAGAAGGAGAGAGAAGGAGAUGAAAGAGAAGGAGAGAGGAGAUGAAAGAGAAGAAGAAGGAGUUGAAAGAGGAGAGAGAAGGAAAUGAAAGAGGAGAAAGAUGAGAAUGAUAGAGAAAUUGGAUGAUUGGAGAAAAUGGGUGAAAGGACGGGAGAAAAAAAAUGGGAGAAGAGAAAAGUGAGAAGAUGGUAAGGAAACAAAUGAGAAAGAAAAGAAAAAAGGGAAAACAGAUAGAAGGGAGGAAGAGUAAGAGUUGAAAUGUAUAAAAGGGUAAACGCUAAAUGGAAUUAGAUAUAUCCUGUCAGUAUAUGUACGAAGAAGUAAGCAUUGAAAAGGUGAAAAGCCUGAACAUUAUGUACAGAACAUCCUCAAAAAAAAAAAAAAAAAAAUACGGAAGGGGUAUAUAUAAUAAAAAAAAAUGAAGUGUGAACAAUUGGAACAGAUCAUCCCGAAAACACGAACAAGAAAUCCAUAAAUUUGGAAAAGGGUGAAGAGAAGGAGAGAGAGAGAGAGAGAGAGAGAUCUUGGAAUGGAUAUCCCUUAUAAAAAGUACAUAAAAUCGGGGUCCAGGGUUCUGAGAGAAAAAAAGUUUAGGGUGUUUGUAUCUACAAAUACCAGAAUGGUGAGAUAAAGGGGAUAUGUGUGUGAUAGUGAAAAAAAUAUAUUCAAAAUAAAAGGAAAACAAAAAGGGAAAAAAUGAUAAAAGAAAUUCUGCAAUUAAAGUCACAAAGACUCUAUUGAAAGCAACACAAUCUGUACUGCAAGGUGGCAAAGUUUGUCUCGAAAAUCAUCAAAAGAAAAGGAAUGAUAAAAUUCUAUUGAAAAUUUGCCAUCCUUCCCUCGCUCUCUAUCGUUAGAGCAGUCAGAGGGGUAUGUAUAAUCGCCUUUGGGAAUUGUAUAUAUGGUCAUUUUUCCUACGUGGAAAAAUCGUAUGUGAUUCCUACCGAAACUGUGAUAUAUA